UGUUAAAUUUACCCUAGAUUGUGUUAAAUUUACCCUAGAUUGUGCAAUUUUUAUUCGCAAAUCGUUACAUUUAUGUCACAUCAGUGUUGAUGGAAUUUCAUAUGAGCAAUGCAUUGUAACUACAUGUAUAUUAUGUAUAUAUUUAUAUUUUCGAAUUUUGUCUGUAAUUAACAAUUUUCUGAUUUACAUGUAGGCGUUAGCACUUUUGUAUUCGUAUAUUGUAUAUAUCUAUAUUUUGUAUGUAACUCUUCAAUUUGGAGGAAAUAAAGAAAUAAUAAUGGCCGACGCCCUAACCGACUCGGUUAUCUCGGAACCUUGUAUCGAAUGAUCAAAACAGCUUGACGUUCAUCUUUAUUGUCAGAAUUAAUCCCUGAUGACAUCCGCUUUUAAUAAACAGGUAUUAUUAAAGGCGGCAGUCUACUCGACAUCGGGACAGGUCCGUCAGUACAUUCCAUCAUUAGUGCCUGCCGCCAUGUUGAUGACGUAUAUCUCUCCGACAUCACUGCACAAAAUAGGGAAAGUGCUUACUGAUUGGUGGAAAAGCGACAAAACAAGCGUGGAAAACGUCACUGAGUACAUCUUGAUGAAGGAGAAUUCGAGUGAAACCGUCACGGACAGACACAACACGAUGAAAGAGAAAGUACGGGAUGUCUUGUCUAUUGAUGUUAACUUGUCGGAGCCACUCGGAACCGGAUGUGACGUCACCCAUUUUGAUAUUAUCACAUCCAGCCUCUGUCUGGAAGCAGCAGCUCAAACACUUGACCAGUAUCGCUCCAACGCAGCAAACGUGUCGUCGUUAUUAAAGAGCGGGGGACAUUUGAUCCUGAACGGAGUUCUGGGACAGAGCUGGUACCGGGUGGGCGAGGCAAAGUUCGCGUGUGUUAGUCUCACCAGGGAAGAUAUAGAAUCCAUCUUCGUCAGCUGUGGGUUUGACAUUGUAUCCAUGGAAACUGUGAUGUCACAAGAAGGUGGUUAUUACUCCGAUUUCCAAGGUUAUUUUAUCAUGCACGCCAACAAAAACUAAAACAUGUUACUGUAGCCUCGUUUCAAUCCUUAUUUUAAGUCGUUGGUAUUUCUAGAACAGGCCGACCUACUCUGUCGGGUUGUUUAUUUUGUGUUUUCUAUCUGUAGAUAAAUGUUUAGUUACAAAUGGACACGUAUUUAGUUACAAAUGGACAAGUAUUUAGUUACAUCUGGACAAGUGUUUAGUUACACAUGGACAAGUGUUUAGCUACACAUGGACACGCGUUUAGUUACACCUCGACAAGUGUUUAGUUACAUCUUGACAAGUGUUUAGUUACACAUGGACAAGUGUUUAGUUACACAUGGACAGGUGUUUAGUUACACAUGGACAAGUGUUUAGUGACACCUGAACAAGUGUUUAGUUACACGUGGACAAGUGUUAGUUACACAUGGAGAAGUGUUUAGUUACACAUGGACAAGUGUUUAGUUACACACGGACAAGUGUUUAGAUACACAUGGACAAGUGUUUAGUUACACAUGGACAAGUGUUUAGUUACACAUGGACAAGUGUUUAGUUACACAUGGACAAGUGUUUAGUGACACCUGAACAAGUGUUUAGUUACACGUGGACAAGUGUUAGUUACACAUGGAGAAGUGUUUAGUUACACAUGGACAAGUGUCUAGUUACAAAUGGACAAGUGUUUAGUAACACAUGGACAAGUGUUUAGUUACACAUGGACAAGUGUUUAGUUACACAUGGACAAGUGUUUAGUUACACAUGGACAAUUGUUUAGUUACACCUCGACAAGUGUUUAGUUACAUCUCGAUAAGUGUUUAGAUACACAUGGACACGUGUUUAGAUACACAUGGACAAGUGUUUAGUUACACAUGGACACGUGUUUAGUUACAAAUGGACAAGUGUUUAGUUACAUCUGGACAAGUGUUUAGUUACAUCUGGACAAGUGUUUAGUUACACAUGGACAAGUGUUUAGUUACACCUCGACAAGUGCUUAGUUACACAUGAAAAAGUGUUUAGUUACACAUGAACACGUCUUUAGUUACACAUGGACAAGUGUUUAGUUACACGUGGACAAGUGUUUAGUUACACCUCGACAAGUGUUUAGUUACACAUGGACAAGUGUUUAGUUACACGUGGACAAGUGUUUAGUUACACAUGGACAAGUGUUUAGUUACAAGGACUUCAGAGAUAUAGUUUGAUCGUCGUGUUAUGCUUUUAUUGCCAAUCACGUUGUCUUUUCUGGUUAAGAUUGUGUUAAGAAAGAUAACUCUUGCCGAUCGUGAUUGUAAUUAUAAGUAUUUAGUCUGCACGCUUUGAGGGUUGAGAAAUGUAUACAUUUUUCUGAAACCGUAAGAUGUCAUUGAAGUCCGGAAAUGACUGAACAGUAAAUGUUCUCUAACAAGUUUAUUUUUCUGCUGAUCUACCUUAAUAUAAUUUUGAAAUAGCAUUGGUUACAGAUUGUUUUCACGUACAGUAAACUUGACCUAACCAGAUUACCAAUCAACAUCCGGUCAAUACAUCUGCACUAUAACAUUUUUACAACAGGUUUUAGCAAGCUAAUGUCACCGCUUUUGAGAGAUUUUUACACGUAGUUCUCUGGGCAUGGUAUUAGUAUUCAAUUUAUUGUUGUAAUUUUUUUUUUUUUUGCAUUUGGUAAUUAUAAUUUGUUUAACCAACUGAUCAUGAUUGUCUUUUUAGUUCUCUGUUGUAAAUAAUUAAUUGUUAUGUAUAUAUAUCAUCUCAUAUUCGUCCUGUACAAAAUUGGAAUUAACAAGUUUUAAGGCCAAAUUCUUUGAUCUGAAAACAAACCACACAAGCCCAGCUCCAGUAUCCUAGCUGGUACAUUUGUAUGUGUCUGUCAAUGCUGGAGCAGAGUAAGGGGAGAGUUUAGGUCACUAGCUAUAUAGAGGUCAAUUUAAACAGCUCUAGUGCAUGAGAGUAAUCUGGCAGUUAAAUAGGUUUUUAGGUGGCCUGAGAGUGGGAGACAAUGAUGUAUUGGUCAGCUGGUGUUUCUAUAUUAAGGUGUACAUACAUGUUAUGGAGUCUCUGAUUUGGUGACCAUAGUACGAAGUUUUGUAUGUUUUGAUGUUCUGAUUAGGACUUGUUGAUGUGCGCACUUAUGUACUAAAUGUAUGUAAAUAAACUGUAAAUAGUGUAUGAACAUUUGUUUAUGGUUUGAACCUCGUCACAAUAUUUUGAUGCAAACCUUCAUAUUUCAUAUAUUGCCAUUUACCAACCAUGACUAUCUGGUUUCGACAGAUUAUACUUUACAUUAUUGCAUGAUAUCUGUUGAUUUGAACAUUUAACUGAUAUUUCCCUUGACAACUAUACUAGGACUUAAAUGAUAAUUAAAAGUAUAUAUCUCCUGUUAUAUUUCACUCACAACUUGUAGUAAACACAUACUAUAAUACAAAUAUUGUAUACAAAUUAUACUAUGUUAUGCCCCAAAACAUUUUUAUUUUCAUAUACCUUUCAAGUUAUGCUUUCUAAGUGUGAUGCAAUUAUUCUGAUGCAAAUUAUAUGGAAUAUUCGUAGUAUGGAAUUAAAUAAUGUAAUGUGUGAUACUGAUUAUAUGUGAACCACAUACAAUAAAUUAGCUAUAAAAAACUUUAUGUCACAUAUAUAUUAAAUUUGCCACAUUAAUUCUUCAAUUAAAUAAUUAUAAUUCAUACAUAUUACCAAUUUUAGAUUAUGCAGCCAUACUAUGGGAAACGGUCUUACAAAACAACAAAUUCAUCAAAUAACAAAACUGCAAAAGCAAGCUCUUAAAAUAAUUCUAGAUAAACCCAUGUUAACAGAAAGUCUAUCCCUUUUUAAAGAAGCCAAAGUCCUACCAUUUGAACAAAGAAUAAAAUAUCAUACAACUAUAUUAGUCUAUAAAGCCUUGCAUAACAUGACGCCUGAUUAUAUAUUCGUUCAUUAAUUGAAACUUGUCAAAAUUCGUACUUUUAUAAGUUGAGGUCAACUACAGAUAACAAACUUAUUUUGCCCAAACUGCAAUCAGAAACAAUGCGAAAAUCAUUCAGCUACUCUGGAGUAUUGUCAUGGAAUAACCUACCACUACAUCUUAAAAAUAUAAUAUCUCUUACAACUUUCAAACAAAAAAUACGCAAUAAUUUUCUCUCAAGCUUAAAGUCAUACAUUUCAGUUCUUCCAAUUCAAGCGAAACUACAUUAUUAAGAAAGCAUGUGUAUUAUGAUCUAUUGAUAUUAAAUAAUUCCCUAUCAAUGUAUAUAUAAAGAAAUUCAUGUUCUACCGAAUGAUACAUGUAACUGUAUAUGAGUAUUCUAUGAGUACCCGCAUGUUCAUUACUAUAACUUUUCCCAACCAUAUUGUAUAUAUUUCAAGAUAUCUUGUUAUGUGUUGAUUAAUGUAUAUUAUGUUUUGUAUGUCGUUAUAGAGGGCCAUAUGGAAGAUUAGCACAUGCUAAAUAUGUCACCCUCAGAAAAUAAAGUAUAUUAUUAUCAAA